UCCAUUUUGUAUACACCUGUGUACAUGCAUGGGCAUUGUGUUCAAAAAACAAACACAUGAUAUUUUGCUUGUCCUAACAAAGGUGAGAAAGGAAAUGAAGGAACUAUGGGACCUAUGGGUGACAAGGGAGAAAUCGGAACUGGUGAGAAAGGAGACAAAGGAACAGGAGAUGUUGGACCUAAAGGAGGCAAAGGGAGUGUUGGUGCUCUUGGGCCUAAAGGAGACAAAGGUGUGAAAGGAGACAAAGGAAUAGGAGAUGUUGGACCUAAAGGAGACAAAGGGAGUGUUGGUGCUCUUGGGCCUAAAGGAAACAAAGGUGACAAAGGAAUAGGAGAUGUUGGACCUAAAGGCGACAAAGGAGACAAAGGGAGUAUUGGUGCUUUUGGGCCUAAAGGAGAUAUAGGUGUCAAAGGAGACAAAGGAAUAGGAGAUGUUGGAUCAAAAGGAGACAAAGGGAGUGUUGGUGCUCUUGGGCCUAAAGGAAACAAAGGUGACAAAGGAAUAGGAGAUGUUGGACCUAAAGGCUACAAAGGAGACAAAGGGAGUAUUGGUGCGUUUGGGCCUAAAGGAGACAUAGGUGCACCAGGAAUUGGCUAUGCAGGCGAGAAAGGCAACAAUGGAAGUCAAGGAGCUGUAGGAGUUAAAGGAGAAAAAGGAUGGAAGGGUGGUAUUGGAAGAAAAGGUUCUAAAGGUGACAAGGGAUUCACUGGAUGGAGUGGUUUGAAGGGUAAGAAGGGCGAGAAAGGAUUUAAAGGGGAGAAAGGAGAGAUAGGAUCAAAAGGAAUAGAAGGACGAAAAGGAGACAAAGCUGAAAAGGGAUCUAAGGGACAUGAAGGUGUAAUGGGACCUCCAGGGCCAGAAGGACUAAAUGGAAAUAAUGGUAAUCCUGGACGAGAUGGCAAUCCUGGACAAGAUGGCAAUCCUGGACAAGAUGGCAGUCCUGGACAAGAUGGCAAUCCUGGACAAGAUGGCAGUCCUGGACAAGAUGGCAGUCCUGGACAAGAUGGCAAUCCUGGACAAGAUGGCAGUCCUGGACAAGCUGGUAGUCAGGGACCAAGAGGACCAUAUGGAACAAUUAUUAUUGUUCGACACAGCCAAACCAAGACUAUUCCGGACUGCCCACUUGGAUUUACAUCACUCUACUCUGGCUAUUCGUUUGUCUUUGCCCAUGGGUUUGGUUUUGCCCAAGGUCAAGACCUAAGUCGAAGUGGUUCAUGCGUACAGAAAUUUGCAGAAAUCCCAUUUGUUGCUUGCAGUGGCGGUUUUUGUGACUCUAGACUGAGGGCUGGAUACAGCUACUGGCUUGCUGUGAAUGGACUCAAUCGACCUAAUGGAAACGAGAACGCUGACUUAAUAAGCCGUUGCAGCGUUUGUGAAGGCAGUGCUGCUGUUAUUACUUUGCACAGCCAAGCCCAGACCAUACCAUUGUGCCCUUUAGGAUUUGUCAGUCUGUGGCAAGGAUAUAGCUAUUAUAUGAAUACUGGUGUGAGCAGAGAAGGCAGUGGUCAAGAUCUUGCUUCUCCUGGGUCAUGUCUGGAAAUGUUUGAUGCUAUACCAUUUGCUGAAUGCAAUUGCAAUGCCCGAUGUCAGCGUCAUGAAUCAAAUCGUGGAUACUGGUUGGCAGCAAUGGAUGUAGCACAUAACUCAAGAGUCUCAAGUGAUCGGGCAGCUAAAAGGAUAAGCAGAUGUCGAGUAUGUGCUCGAAAUGACUAAGUGAUCACUAAAGAACAAACAGAUCUAGACUGACUGUUGCAUGGAUGUUACAGAUAGGUAGUGGUGACAUGCUGUAGUUGCUCUCGUAGUUUUCUUUUAGUGAACUGUUAUCCAAACUUGUAGUUCCUAUUUGUUACUACCUAACCUAGUCACAAUUUUCUCCCCU